AUAUGAAACUGGUCUAUGCUGCCGAGGAUUUCCAGAGGGAGAGAGCGUCCUGGCCACCCAUCAUUCAUUAUAAUAUCCUGCGUCAAGUUGUUCGGAUCGUGACCCUAUUGGAGGAGGCCAUUCACGAGCAAAAUGGUCAGCAAACUACUAGACCGAGCAUGAGCAGCGAAGCCUCGACAACUGUCACCGGCACAGGGCGCCGGCAGUCCCUCGAUAAUCGGUUCAACACUGAACAUCAGGGCCUCUGCUUACGGCUGAAACCACUCAUGGACGUCGAAGCCACCAUGACCAAGCAUCUGCUCCAGUCGAUACACAGACGUGAUGGAGAGGAAGUAUGCGUCCAUUCCUACUUUUCUUGGAGAAAGUACUUUCACCCCAGCCAAGAUCCCGAGUACAAUGCCCGCAAUAGUCGGACCGUCGGUGAUUCUUUAAAGACCGAAGUCAGCACAGUCCUGAAUAACUCGCGUGGCUAUGUCCUUCGUCUCUGGAACGACCCUUGUGUCCGCAGGUUAUUACAUUCGCAAGCCAUUCAGCUGGAGCAUGAAGCAGGGUUCUUCCUCGACGACCUAGAGAGAGUGACUGCUCUGGAGUACGAACCAACGGAUCUUGAUGUCUGCAAGGCACGCCUGAGGACAGUGGGUGUUUCCGAAACCCAUUUAAAGAUCCUUUUCCUGAACAAAAUCGACUUGCUCAGGAAAAAGUUGGAGCAAGGCAUCGAAUUUAAUGCCUUCCUCACUGGCUAUACGGGGAGCAAUGAGAGCGAUGCUGUUGUCAAGCAUAUGAAGAAGAAAUUCCUCGCUGUAUACAAAGACGCUCAAGAAAAGCUCAAAGACGAAGACAAGGCGACAAAUCGCACUGUUUAUGUGUAUCCCACUUCUGCUCUUGACCUUCGCGCCACGCGUGGCAUAAUUUGUGAAGUUCAAACCUCUAUAUUGAGUCAACACCUGAAAACAAGCGCCAUG